CACGCAAAAACAUAGCGGUUGGCUGAAUUCUCGAUUGUUUUUUAUUAUAACAAGGAAUUAUAGAAAAGUUUUGCACUGUAUUAAAUCGAAAGAUAAAAACAAAAUGGCGCAAGCACUUCCGAAUCCAAACACAUUAUUACCGCUCGAGCUUGUAGAUAAAUGUAUUGGUUCACGUAUACACAUUAUUAUGAAGAACGACAAAGAAAUGGUAGGAACUCUCCAAGGUUUUGACGAUUUCGUCAAUAUGUUGUUGGAUGAUGUGACGGAAUAUGAAUCGACGCCUGAAGGAAGGAAAAUCACGAAGUUAGAUCAAAUAUUGUUGAACGGUAACAAUAUAGCAAUGUUGGUGCCUGGUGGUGAAAUGCCGGGAGACGCGUACGAAGGACUCUGAUAUUAUUUAGUAAAAUAAAGUAAAUUUUAAGUUGA